AUGGCAACAUUAGCCGAGUUAGAAAAAGAAAAAGAACUAUUCAAAAAGUUUCUCGCCGAAGAAACACAGAAUGUUCGUGUACCGAUCCCGAUAACUACAAUGUGUAUUCAGUUCAAGCAGACGAUUUCAUCGUCAGCGUCUGUGAAUUGCUUAAGAAAAAGACUGGAUAAAUGGCGUCGAUAUAUUCAUGAAUGGGAUGGCUACGAUACUGACACAAAAACUAAAAUGAUGUUCGGACUGAGUGCUUCGGUCCAUCCUGAUUUCUUGAUAGAAUUGAGGAAAGAGGCUGAUGUGGAACUCGAUUCCCUUCAUCGAAUCAUUGCAUACAAAAAGAAAGACGGAAGUUUGAUUUUGCAAGGAAAACAUGCAUAUCAAAAGCGUCGGACCGAACAGCAAGACAAGACGAUGAUGGAAUUUUUAGCUGAGAAAGCGAAGACUGUAGAUUUCCCUAUGGCCGAUUCAAGAUUUGUGAAAGAAUUUCAAAUAGUUACGGGGUGUACGGAGAAAAUUCAUUCAUUAGAAUUAAGAUACCCUCAUGUUAAAAACGCCAUUUACGAAUCGGAAGAUUAUGAUAUAACAACCAAAAUCAAGAUGAUGUUCAUUUCGAGUACAAAACUUUUGGAUAAUGUUUUGGAAGAAAUUCGAAAAGAUGCUUAUCUUGAGGUAGAUGAACAAAAAAGAAUCACCAAGUGCGUGGCGAACGACGGUUGUUUGGAAUUGGAAGGAGAUCAUAGCAUGUCCGCAAAAUGUCAAGCAUCUAAAAAUGCUUACAUACAGGAAAUACGACAGACAACUCAAGGAACUAGUAUUGAAGAAAUAAAUCCAGUUGAUGAUAAAGAUACCAGUGAUUCUACUGUCGCAAGAACUUCAAAAAAGGUUAAUCAGAUCGAAAUCAAUGAUACCAUCAAAUUUCUCGUUGAAAAAACAAAAAAUGCGACUUCACCAAUGAAUAUGACAGAAUUGACGAAAGAAUUGUUGAAACAACGUGGAACCGCUGCAAGAAGUACUGUUUAUAAGAGAAUUCAAAAAAAUCGUCUGAAGAUCGCCGAAAUUGAAGAGCUGGACAUAGAUGCGAAAGUGAGAGCGAUUUUUGCUUUGAGUGUUCCAGUUACAGACAAUUUUCUUGAAGAACUGCGCGAAAUUGCUGACGUGGAAAUUGAUGAUCAGAACAGAAUAAGUAAAUACGAGGCCUUUGAUGGAAGUUUGAGCCUCAAAGGGGAUCACAGCUGGCUGCUAAAAACGAAAUUUGGACUUCAGAAGAGGAGAGAAAGUGCCUCGAAAAAUGAAGAAGUGGAAAAAGAUGAUAGUGUACAGAUGGAAAAUCAAAAUCACUCGGAGUACAAUGAUCCUAAUUUCCCAACAUCAAGCGAGAGUUAUAAAAGAGUCGAAAUGCCUGAAGAGUCUGAACCAGUCGAAAAGAAAAGGAAGAUUUCGAAAGAAAAUGAUUCCAGAGAUAGUGAACCAGUCAGUUACGCGAUUCCACGCGGCGACCCCUUCAUCAGUCUCAAAGCAUUUUUCAAUCGACUUCGUGGCGUAGUGUCGGCAUUAGGAUCACCAACACUGAAUCCAAUAAAAAAGAGAAUAGAAGAAUCUAUUGAUAUCCUGGGAGUCGAUGAUAAGCACAUUCCAACCGGUGUUAUCCUUGAUUCCCUCGAAUCAUGUCUUGCAGUUGUAACUGGAAACGUGAAAUGGGAUGUAAAACCAAAGGAAGAGUCAACAAGUUUCAGAGGAUUUCUAAUUGUACUCAAAGCUUCCAUCAGUUAUUUCAAUAAUCCAAUGUUAUUCGGUUUUCAUCAGGAAAUUUUAGCCAUUCUUGAACAUCUUCGCAUGGAAGAUAAGCAAAUCCCUGCCGAAAAUGUUCGCACAGGAUUGGAAGUGAUGAUUGAUGUCGUGUUGAGCUGGUUCUCAAAAAAUCUGGAUUAG